GGAAAAUCAUUACCGGAAAUUUACAAAAUGACGGAUUUAAUUCAGCUUUGUAAAAGUCAAGCCCUUUAUUUGGCCCCCUUUCUCAACUUUGUGGUACUGUACUUUGUCUUCGUGAGAGAUCCCCAUGGUGAAUUAUGGACAACCAUUUUGAAAUGUGCUCCCAUUGUCAGUUUGAUGUUUUUCGUGCUAAUCAAAGGAUUCGCCUUCAACAAACAAUACAAAUAUUCCCAACUGAUACUCAUUGGUUUGAUUUUCUCCUGUGGUGGUGAUGUUUUGCUCAAUAUUGAUUUGUUCCCACAUGGCAUGGGUUCAUUUGCCGUUGCUCAAAUCUUUUACAUAUCAGCAUUCGGAUUUAAGCCACUGAAUUGGAAAUUGGGAAUACCGAUUUAUAUAUUGUGGGGUUUAAGCAUUGGCUUGGUUGGCAGUCGUCUUGAGGGCGUUUUGAUUGUCGGCCUACCGAUCUAUGGUUUCCUCCUGCUGACAAUGUGUUAUCGUUCCCUGGCCCGUGCUGUACACCACAAAACUCCGAUUUAUAUUUUGUGUGGAAUUUGCAGUGUGUUGUUUGUUAUGUCCGAUGCCAUGAUUGCUAUCGAUAUGUUCCUGAUAACAAUUCCCCAUGCAAGGCUCUGGAUCAUGAUCACCUACUAUGCAGCUCAAUUUGGCAUUGCUCUAAGCACGACCACUGACAUCUCGAAAAAGAAGCCCGGCAAAAUGUCACCCAAGAAGAUGAGCCGCAACAACAACAGUGUUCGUCGUCGUGUCAAAUAA